AGCUCCUCCCUUGUGAAAGACUUUCAGCCAAAUCGCUCUCUACAGGCAGUUAUCCAUGACACUGGAUAGAACACACUUCAUUGUCUUUUAUUAACGAAUGUAUUUUGGCGUUAAACGCAAAUUUAGAUUUUUGAUGGCAUUUCUUUAGACAUAAUAGUUGAACAGCUGUCGCGUUCAGUGUGUCGUUACAGCGGGGACAUGUGGUCAGACAACAUAACGUUACACCUGCCGCCUCAACACGGUUACUUAAUAUCCACGGGUCUCUCCGCGUUUUAUUAAAACACUGAACACUUUCAACUGUCCGGCUUCCGCAAUGGGGUUUAACGCGAGCGCCGGAGUGAAGUGAUAGUCGACUUGUGGACCAGCAUUUGUCCUAUUCGGCCGUCCUCCGGGACGCCUCUUCUAAAGACGCCAUGACCCUCGGCACGACGUCCAGCACCGGCUCCGACGGCUCCUUGGGGGGCUUCUGCUCGUGCUGUGGAGCCAAGAUUGUGCCAUACUUUAACCACGACGCAGUGGGGUCCCAAAACCAGAUCAACCAACUUAUCAGCGAGAGCUUCCUGACGGUGAAGGGGGCUGCACUCUUCCUCCCCAGGGGCAGCAGCCCCACCCAGAGCUCCUCGUCCCAUGGCAGCCAGCGCCGAAACAAACACGCAGGGGACCUCCGCCAGCACCUCCAGACCAUGUUCACCCUGCUCCGUCCCGAGGACACCAUCCGCCUGGCGGUGCGUCUGGAGAGCGCCUACGCCCAGUUCACCCGCUACAUGGUGGUGGUCUCCACCAACGGGCGGCAGGACACGGAGGAGAGCAUCGUGCUGGGCAUGGACUUCACCUCCUCCGAUAGUUGCUGCACACUGGGCCUGGUUCUGCCCCUGUGGAGCGACACCCUGAUCCACCUGGAUGGAGACGGCGGUUUCAGUGUGUCGACAGUCAACAGGAUUCACGUGUUCAAGCCCGUCUCCGUCCAGGCCAUGUGGUCUGCGCUGCAGUCGCUCCACAAGGCCUGCGACGUGGCCCGCUGUCACAACUACUACCCAGGCAGCCUGUUCCUGACCUGGGUCAGCUACUACCAGAGUCGCCUCUCCUCCGAUCAGUUCUGCAUCAACGAGUGGAAUGCCAUGCAGGACGUCCUCUCCCACCGCCCCGACUCCCCGGUCCUCUUCACCGACGUACCCACGGAGAGAGAGCGCACAGAGAGGCUGAUCAAGACACGCCUUCGAGAGAUCAUGAUGCAGAAAGACCUGGAGAACGUCACCUCCAAGGAGAUCCGCACAGAGCUGGAGAUGCAGAUGGUGUGCAACCUGAGGGAGUUCAAAGAGUUCAUCGACAACGAGAUGAUCGUCAUCCUGGGCCAGAUGGACAGCCCCACCAAGAUCUUCGACCACGUGUACCUGGGGUCUGAGUGGAAUGCGUCCAAUCUGGAGGAGCUGCAGAACAGCGGGGUGCGGUACAUCCUGAACGUGACCCGGGAGAUCGACAACUUCUUCCCGGCAGUGUUUGAGUACCACAACAUCAGGGUGUUCGACGAGGAGGCCACCAACCUGCUGGAGUACUGGAACGAGACCUACAAGUUCAUCUCCAAAGCCAAGAAGGCCGGCGCCAAGUGCCUGGUGCACUGCAAGAUGGGCGUGAGCCGCUCGGCGUCCACGGUCAUCGCCUACGCCAUGAAGGAGUACGGCUGGGACCUGGAGCGCGCCUUCGACCACGUCAAGCAGUGCCGCGCCGUCACCAAGCCCAACCCCUCCUUCAUGAAGCAGCUGGAGGAGUACCAGGGCAUCCUGCUGGCCAGCAAACAGAGGCACAACAAGCUGUGGCGCUCCCACUCGGACGGCGACCUAUCGGAUCGUCCCGAGCCCCUGUGCAAGCCCACCUCCCACUCGCUGGGCCGCUCGGACCCGCACAACAACAACAACGUCUCCUCCCCCUCGUUGCAUCACUUCCUGGGCGUCGCCGUGCUGCAGGCGCUGAGCGCGGAUCCCCUGGACGCGUCGGGCAGACCCGCCGACCCGCUCUCCCCCCGGCCCCGGGCGGGCACCCUGGCCCCCAGUAGCCUGCCCGCCGCCGCCGCCGCGCCCCACCCGCCGCCCUCGCUCCACCUCCUGGCACCGCCUUCCCCUGACGGCGUUGACUCGGAGCAGGAGGCCUCCCCGCUGACGGCCGGCUCCAGCGACACCCUGGAGGGCUCCCUGUCCGAGGGUCUGGCCAGCGGCGCCGUCAGCCCCCUCAGCCCCCUCAGCCCCCUCAGCCCCCUCGCGGCCGCACCUCCCCUCUCCCGGGGUCCCACCACCACUAUCACCCUCAACAACAAUACCGCCUCCCCCAUCCACACCCAUGAGGUCAAUGGUACCGCCCCCACCCCCACCCCCGCCACCAUGAAUGAGAACGACAUCCCCGCCCCCAUCAAUGACGACGACAAUAUCGCCAACCCCGCCCCCAUCAAUGACGACAACAAUAUCGCCAACCCCGCCCCCAUCAAUGACGACAACAAUAUCGCCAACCCCGCCCCCAUCAAUGACGACAACAAUAUCUCCAACCCCGCCCCCAUCAAUGACGACAACAACAACCCCAGCGAGGAGCAGCCGGACGGCGGCAGCAGCUCCGAGGGCCGCAGCGACGCCUCGUCCAGCUACAGCGGGGACAGCAUCGACUUCUUCAGCGCCCGGGAGAAGUUCCUGGGCCUGGCGCUGGACGGGCGCGGGGCCCGGGCGCCGCCCACCCCGGACCGCGCGCCACAGCCGCGCACGCCGCCGUCACCGUCCUCCCUGGAGGGACACGGCGAACACAGGGAGGAGGAGGAGGAGGAGCCGGAGCCGGAGCCGAGGAAGGAGAUGAGUCAGGUCCCUCCAUGCUCUGACGAGCCCCUGGACAAGGCCCGCCCUGACGCGGCUCCUCACCACGACAACGCGCUGUCGGUGCGCCACAUCGUCACAGAGAUCGAGUCCAUAUCGCUGCUCCCCGCGGCCCCCACCUCCCUGCCCCUCCCGCCCUGCCGUAGCCCCCCCCAGCCGAGCCGACCCGCCCAGCCCCUGGAAGACCAGGAGACGGGCGAGGUCACCGGCGGCGGCAGCGGCGACUGGUCCCCGACUCCUCCCCCGUCCCAUCCCCAGUCCCCCUCCACGCCGGCGCAGGAGCCGCCCGAUUGGCCCAUGGGCUCGGUGCGGCGCGCCACCAAGCAGCUGGAGCAGCGGCUGAAGCUGGGGCUGGAGCUGUCCCCGGCUGCACAUCCUCCUCCUCCUCCUCCUCCUCCUCUUCCUCAGCCCCUCCCCCGCUCCCCGCUCAACUCCCCCGCCGCUGAACACCCAUCCUCGCCGCGCUCCCCCGAAUCAGCCGCCACGGAGCCUCGGAUCCGCCCCCCCGGGAAGCGGGAAGACGAUCAGGUACUGCCCGCCGUAACGCACGCAGACGCCGCGUCCAAAGACACUCCAGUGGCGUCCCGGAGGGACCACCAAAGACUGGCCUCCCCGGACCCCGUUCCCCUUCCAGGCGACGCUCUCUUCAGCCGAGGUCCCGGCGCCUCACUGGACUCUGAUCCCACAGAAUGCAAAGGGAGCGCCAUCAUGGAUUCAGAAACCUCCCUCCCGUCUUCCCACUCGCCGCGGGCCUCGCCACUCAACGUGUCGGGGCUGACGGGCCAGGAGUCGGACACGGAGGCCGCGGCCCCGCCCCGCGCAUGCCGGAGUCCGGGCUGCGGCCCCUCUUGCGACGCCCGCCAGAAGCUGGCUCACAGCAGCCAGGAGCUGGAGAGGAUCCAGCAGACGCUACGGGAGCUGCAGGCCUUCCUCCACGAGGGGGGUCCGCCGGAGGGGCAGGUCAAGGCCGCAGACCCCCGGGGCUCUAGAGAGGAAAUGGACACGGAGCCGGACGCGGGGCCGGGCGAGGGGGAGCCGACGGCGGCGUCGAGCGGUCAGGCUACAGGGGUCCCGGAGCGGCGGGGGCUCCGGGACCGGCAGGGGAAGAGCUACCGGGAGCCGGCGGCGUGGCGGCGGGCCGUGGCGCUGGAGGCCCGGAUCCGGCAGGCGGGCCUGACGCCCCCGUCCCAGAUGAAGCGCUCGGCGUCUCUGGCCAAGCUGGACCGCCUAGAGCUGUCGGCCAACGACCUGAGCGACUGGGACCUGAGGCCGCCCCACCUGGCCCCCUAUUCACACCCCCGGCGCUGUGACAGGGCCGCGUCCCAGCCGCACCCGGGACCCGACGACUCAUGGAAGAAGCAGCGGGUGCUGGUUCCACUCCCCGCUGUCCCCCAGAGACCCCCGCACCGCGCCUUCCAGGGGGACGGCUGCGACAGCGCUGCCGCGGCCCCCGCCCCGAGGAGAGAGGAAGAGACGGGCGAGAAGGAGGGGGAGGGCCGGGGCCGGUCGCAACGGCACCGGCGCCGGAGUUCCGCGGAGAGGAAGCAGCAUCAGCAGACCACCACUGUGCUCUAUAACACCAUGUGACCUCACUGCAGGGGACAGACCACUACUGGAACUGUUGUGUGUGUGUGUGUGUGUCUGUGUGUCUGCAUGUGUGUGUGAGAGCCACUGUGAGCUCGAUCUCUCCACCAAGACUGUGUUGGCCUACCUCACGUUGAGUAGCAGGGGCGUGGAGGUCCUUCCUCCACAAUGAUGUUUGUACAGUAAAGGACAGGACACGUCUGCAUGUAUGCCACUGGAUGUGUGCCGGUAUUGUGUGUGUGUGUGUGAGUGCGUGUGCGCACGCUAGUGUGGAUAUGUACGUCCGAUAAGGAAUUGUGAAUGUCCAAAACUAAUGCUGACCCUGUGAGUUUUUAUUGUUUUUAUUUUUACAUCCCCUUUCAGGUGCGUUUUUUUUUAUUUACGUGGCCUCUGCUUGUUCAGGGUUUCUGAAACAAAAGACCCAGUUUUCUUAAAUCACAAGGAGGGGUUCAAAACAUGCACUUUAAUCUUGUUUUGACUUGUUUUUCUUGUACUCCCCCCAAGCCCCUGUUAAAACACUUUUUUAUUUUAAAUAGCUAAUGUUAAUACCCUAGAGGAGUAUUUUUGCACUGAUUUAUUACAGCGGGGUUUUUCUGUCUUUUCAUUUGCCUGUCUUGAUAUCAAUUGAUAGAUUUUUUUUUACCUGUGUUUUAUCCAUAAAUAAAAUGUUUAUCCAUCUAA